GUUGCGAGUAAAUGUUGGGUCUACGUCUCUAGUUAGAUAGAUUCUUUUUUUUUGUUUUUGUUUCAAUACCGUGGUCUCCUAGUGCAAGCUGGAAGUUUUUCAGCUCGUUUACUGCGGUCGCUGUGUGGUUUAUAUGUCGGUACGUCAGUUAAACGUCGGUGGUCGUUGCAGUCAGCUUUAACGUACUGGAAAGGCGUGGAAAAACUCUGUUAUGAUACCGGAAUCGCUGCAGAAAAAGGCAGAGUAGCGUAAAAGAUAUAAAAACAAAAACCAAAUAAUAAUUUCAUCAACACUAAAAAAUAAAUAAAUAUGAUAUGCAUUUGAGUGAAAAUUUCUGCUGCGGAAUGAUACAAAAAUGCGUACCGUUCAUCUUGGGCAUUAACCCCCCACAGGGUUCAACUAAAGUUUAACGUAGCUGUUGUGUGUGUUUUAAAAAUUAUUCAAACAAAAUAACUGCGUUGGCUGCAAAUUUUCGAAAUUUUUUACUAAAGUGUUACUAAAUUGGUGAUUAUAAAUAAUAAAUAUGCGCAUAUUUAUGUAUGUGUGACGUUUUCCUACGCUCAAAGCCAUAUUAGCAAGUUUUCAACAAAAAUUCUGCCAACAACAGAAGUGCAUACAUUUUCGCUGCAGCUGUGCGCACAUAAUUUAUGGAUAACAGUAUAAAACAGCUCGCCAAAGUGAGUUUGUUGCAUUUAUAUAACAUAGUGAUCGGUUGUCGGUUGUGCACAACGAAAGCGUAAAAUAGCAGCACACAAUUCCACAGAAGAGCGAAAAUAAAAUAAUACGGUAUAGCGAUUGUUGCUUACAACAAUAGUGUUAAUCAAAAAUUGCCAGAGCAAAGUUGUAGCAACAAACGGUGUGUUCUAAAUAAAAAAACAUCGCCAAAACAAGCACGUGCACUGCAACAAUAACAACAAUAUCGCAGCAAAAAAUUCUUCCUCAUAGGUGUCGCGCUGAUCGGCCCCGGCCUAAGGGGCCAUGACGCGUUGGCCCUUUCAUUAUUUAUUAUUGCUCUCGGUGGCAGUAUUCUGUGUACCGGGUGUCAUAGCGUUGCGCGACGAACAAAAUAGGACCAUACUCAAUGUUGGCUAUCUAACAGCCAUUACCGGUGAGCUAAUGGACAAGCAGGGUCUGGCCAUUUCAGGUGCACUGACAAUGGCUUUAGAUGAGAUCAACGACGAUGCCAACUUGCUGCCGAAUGUCAAGUUGCAGCUGCGCUGGAAUGACACCAAAGGUGACACAGUGACUGCUACCAAAGCCAUAACCGAGAUGAUAUGCGAUGGCAUUGUGACGAUAUUCGGUCCGGAGGGUCAUUGCUAUGUGGAGGCUAUUGUAUCGCAAAGUCGUAACAUUCCAAUGAUAUCAUACAAAUGUGCUGAAUACAGAGCAUCCGCCAUACCGACAUUCGCGCGCACAGAGCCGCCAGACACGCAGGUAAUUAAGUCAGUGAUUUCGCUAUUGCGUUACUAUGGCUGGAAGAAAUUCUCCAUUCUGCAUGACGAACUGUGGACGACCGUCGCCGAUUUGCUCAAAGAACAGGCCACCAAGAGGAAUAUGACAAUAAACCAUAAGGAGUCGUUUCUUACGAAUAUGCCAAAAUGUUGUGCAUUAGGGUUGCCCUGCUGUCGUACGAGUUUUUGGUAUCAGACUGUGCAAAAUACAAUGAAUCGCACCCGCAUCUAUGUAUUCCUCGGUUCGGCGAGCUCACUGGUCGACUUUAUGCUCUCCAUGGAAACGGCCAAUUUAUUCCUCAAAGGUGAAUACAUGGUCAUCUUUGUCGAUAUGAUGCCCUACACACCAAAAGAAGCCGAAAAGUAUUUACGCAAACCGGACCAUGUUGAGGCGAUGAAGGUCUGCCACGAAACAGAGAGCUUCAAGCAGUUGGCGCGCAGUUUGCUAGUCGUGGCCUCCACGCCACCCACGGACAGUUAUGAAGAUUUCACGGCCAAAGUGCGUGGGUACAACGCGAAGAAGCCGUUUGAUUUUCUUGUGCCAUCGUUAUUUUACCAUAAUAAAUAUCUUAAGUUUGUUUCUAUAUAUGCCGCUUACCUCUAUGAUUCCGUUAAGCUCUAUGCCUGGGCGUUGGAUAAAUUGCUGCGCCAGGAGGAGCGCAUACUAACGGAUGAUGUGAUAUACGAUGUAGCUAGUAAUGGAACUAGAAUAAUUGAGACUAUUAUCAAAAAUCGUACUUAUAGAAGUAUCACUGGUGCAACCAUAAAAAUAGACCAGAAUGGUGAUUCUGAGGGAAAUUUCUCCGUGCUGGCCUACAAACCACACAAACACUAUUUCAGCGACAAUGUGUCCUGCAAUUCGCAUAUGGUGCCCGUGGCCUAUUUCCAACAAGGAGAAGAUAUUCCAGAAUACAAACUCAUCAAUGGCUCAAUGCGCGUUGAUUGGCCCUCGGGCGGCGAUCGUCCCUUCGACGAGCCGAUGUGUGGUUUCGCCAAUGAGCUGUGCAAAAAGGAUGAUCGACAUAUAACGUCUGUGGUGGCGGCGGGGGUACUUGGUUUGCUGCUAUUCUGUGCGGGUGUCAUCACAAUGAGCAUUUAUCGAAAGUGGAAAAUCGAGUUGGAAAUCGAGGGUCUCUUAUGGAAAAUUGACAUAUCGGAAAUAAAGGGUUACUCGGGCAAUGAUAUUGUCGCAUCGCCAAGUAAGUUGAGUUUAGUGAGUGCCCAAUCGUUUGGUUCGCGUUGCUCAAAUCAAGUAUUCACCUCGACGGCACGCUUACGUGGCGCGGUCGUGCGCAUCAAGGAGCUGAAGUUCCCCCGCAAGCGGGACAUUUCGCGCGAGAUAAUGAAGGAGAUGCGUUUGUUGCGCGAACUACGUCAUGAUAAUAUAAAUAGCUUUAUUGGGGCUUGUGUCGAGCCGACCCGUAUACUACUAGUCACCGAUUACUGUGCCAAGGGCAGUCUCUAUGAUAUAAUCGAGAAUGAGGACAUCAAGUUGGACGACCUAUUUAUCGCUUCGCUCAUACACGAUCUGAUUAAGGGCAUGAUUUACAUACACAAUUCGCAGCUGAUGUACCACGGCAAUCUGAAAUCGUCCAACUGUGUGGUGACCUCGCGUUGGAUGCUGCAAGUGGCCGACUUUGGUUUACACGAACUGAGAAACUGUGCGGAAAGUGAGUCCAUUGGAGAGCACCAGCACUACAGAAACCAAUUUUGGAAAGCACCUGAGCUGCUGCGCAAUCCACACUUGUAUGGCACCCAAAAAGGCGAUGUUUAUGCUUUUGCCAUAAUAAUGUACGAAAUAGUCAGCCGGAAGGGUCCAUUCGGGCAGGUAGCCUACGAACCAAAGGAGAUCGUAGAUCGGGUGAAGGAGCUGCCACUGGCAGGUAGCAUACCGUUUCGACCCGAACUGGAAUGCAUAAGGGAACACGAGUUGUGUCCCGACUAUGUGCUUGAUUGUAUUAAGGAUUGCUGGAGCGAAGAUCCUGAGAUAAGACCUGAUUUUCCAACUAUACGGAAUCGCUUAAAGAAAAUGCGUGGUGGCAAGACGAAGAAUAUCAUGGAUCAGAUGAUGGAAAUGAUGGAAAAGUAUGCCAACAACUUGGAGGAAAUUGUUACCGACCGCACGCGUAUGUUGUGCGAGGAGAAGCGUAAAACCGAAGACUUGCUCCACCGCAUGCUGCCGCGAACUGUAGCGGAGAAGCUAACAAUGGGUCAAGGGGUCGAACCGGUGUCAUACGAUCUGGUCACUAUUUACUUUAGCGACAUUGUGGGCUUUACCGCUAUGUCAGCGGAGAGUACACCAUUGCAAGUGGUGAAUUUCUUAAACGAUCUCUACACGGUAUUCGAUCGCAUCAUACGUGGCUACGACGUGUACAAAGUAGAAACGAUAGGCGACGCCUAUAUGGUGGUCUCUGGCUUGCCAAUCAAGAAUGGCGAUCGGCACGCAGGCGAAAUUGCUUCGAUGGCGCUGGAUCUGCUGCAUGCGGUCAAGCAGCAUCGCAUAGCACAUCGACCCAACGAAACACUCAAAUUGCGCAUCGGCAUACACACUGGUCCCGUGGUGGCCGGUGUAGUGGGUCUGACAAUGCCACGCUAUUGUCUGUUCGGCGAUACCGUGAACACUGCGUCGCGUAUGGAGUCCAAUGGCGAGGCAUUAAAAAUACACAUAUCAGGUAAAUGUAAGGCGGCGCUUGACAAGCUUGGUGGCUACGUGACUGAGAAGCGCGGUCUGGUGUCGAUGAAGGGUAAGGGUGACGUAGUCACGUACUGGCUGACAGACGCCACAGAAAAGGCUAUACAAAGGAAAGAGGUCGAUAUGACCGAUAUGCCACCGCCGCUGUUCUGUCGACCGCGCAAAAGUCCUAAGUUGAACAGCGAUUCGCGCCAGCCGAGCAUCGUGGGAAUGCAUUUCUAUGGUGGUGGCUCGCGGCGCACUUCAAUGGUGCCACGCACCGAUAUCGAGUCUAAUUAUAGCCUACAAGGUUCCACAUAUCACGUGGCACGCGAUUCGCCACACUUGUCAUCGCGUCGUCACGAUCGGCCGUCCCUGAAUGGCAUUGGCGGCAACAGCAUACCGGAGCGCAUGAGUUACUAUGGCGGCUAUGGUGGCGCGGGGACUGGUGGCGACAGAAGUGGGAGUGUCGGUGAGACUUGUACGCUGCUGGAGUCAGCGCAUGCAUCGCACAACACGCUGGAGCAUUCCGAAAACGAAACGAACUGUGAUAAAGAGUGCGUGAAUGGUUACGGUAAUGGUGAUAGUAGUGCAAUCGAGAGUAGCGUAGUUGCUGGCGUUGGCGGUAUUGGCAUAACAAGCGUUGUGGGUAGUGCGCUGCUGGUAGGUGCAUAUCGCUCACCACAUUCCGUUGCAAGCUCACCCAGCCACAAGCCGCUUGCCUUGGUGCGUCCACAUCGUCGCAUCAUUAGCGAAAAGCUGCCCUCCUCCGUCUCGAUACAGGAGUUUGGUGAUAUCAGCAGACAUCCCACCGUCGCUCAAACAAUUUUACUGCGCGAGACGCGCUCACUUGAUCCCAUGCCUAUGCAGCUCCGUAAACGUCAUGAACCCGUCAAACUACCACCGUCCAAAUUGUCGAAAAACAACUCACGGUCCUUGGACGCUGUUGCAGCGCUCGGUUUAAGAGAAAGCAAACCUACCAAAUACGAAAACGCCAAUAUGAAUGGCAUCGCAGGCGAUGAACUGGUCCAUAUGAGUCACACGGAGCUCGAUCAUGUCAACGUGGAUACAGCACCAAAUAAUUUGGAUGAGGAAGACUACGACGACGAUGUUGGCUUGCUAAUGCGCGAUAAUGGCGACUACCGCUACGCUCAUAGUGGUGGUCCACAGCCAAGCAUCGUGCCCGUGGCAUCCACUUUGCUGAACCGCAGACGCAGUGGCAGCCAUGUAAACACCGCGAACGUUGGCAGUAGUACCAUAAACGCCGGCACUGGCGCCACUGUCUUGUUACCGUAUAAGCAUCUCAACAACAAUUGCAACGGUGGCAUGACCAUCGAAGAGGAUGCGCCGCUACUACAACGUCAGACGUCGCUCACUAGUCCACCCGACGAAAUAUUGGCGCUCACAAAACGUUGGCGUUCACUCGAAGCACUCGAGCACACCAACAUCGAAGCGCUCACCACACCAGCGUGCGCCAACAGUGGUCGUAGCGCUGGUGGCAUGACACAUACUGGUCAUAAUAGCGUUAGCUACGCGCCGGAUAUCGACGGCAGUGGCGCCUCGGGCUCCGCGGUAGCGGGUAGCGCACCUGCGACCCGCAACGGCAGCACAUUCACAACAUGGCUGUGGCGCAUCAUACAGGGCAACAGCAAGCGUACCAGCGAGUCGUCGCUGCGGCGCGUAGUGCCGAGCGGCGUGCAUGCGCCGCAUGUCUUCAGCGACCUGCCGACGUCAGCGGCGUUAACGCGUGAUCGUGAGAGUAUCGUGUAGUGCGCGACGUAUGCGGAAAGUGUGCAACAAGCUAACGAUUUUGGGUAUUGUGUAAUAUUGCAACUGUUUGUGUGCAUAAAGCCGACGAGCUGACGCGCCGCCACGCCGCGUUGCUUUCCUCUUUUUGAAAAUUACUUACUUAUUAAUUUAUUCAUUUGCUACAUAAAUUUUCGCAACAUUUUCAAGCAAAAUUGUUGGCAAAAUCGGUUGUAAAAAUUCUAACGGUUUAAGUGUCGUCCAUAGCGGGACGCGCUUGUGGACUUCGACGCGAAAACAAGCACGACGCGUACGGCGUGAGGCGCGCGGCCCGCCUGGCAAUGAAGGUGUGUACCACUAUGAAGUUGCAAAAAAAAAUGUACAGUUACUCUCAGGAAAAUACCGUUUUUCAAACCAAUAACUUUUUUUUGAAACUGUGUGUUAUUUGUCUUGUAGAUUUAUGCAAAGUUACGCUGUCAUUCAACAACAAAAAACUCUUUUAUUUUGCUUGUUAAGAGUAGCUAUGGAACUCAAUAUUAAAUUACCGUUAUUUUUACUUGUGGAAUUGUUGCAUGGCAAAUUGCACUUUCUCAAA